AUGUCAGAGAAAUUCCCAGCUAGUAGCAUAGUACUAGCCAAAGUGAAAGGGUAUCCAGCAUGGCCAGCAAUGGUACUAGCAGAAUCAUUUUUACCAGACAACAUAAUAUCCAAAAAGCCAAAACAUAAAACUCGAGAUCUACAAGAAACAACAACAUCAACUUCAAACGUUCUACCUAUAAAAUUUUUCAAUGAUGAUACUUAUUUUUGGAUGAAAAUUGCAGAUUUAAAACCAUUAAGUAAAGAUGAUAUUGCAAUACAUUUUGCUCAAACUUCAAGUAAAAGGAAAAAAGAUAAAGUACUAGAACAAGCAUAUGAAUUAGCAAGUAACCCUUUGGAUAUGGAAACUUUUAUCAAGUAUGGAUCAAGUGGUGAACCACCUGAAAUUGAUGAAGAUGUAUUUGAAGAUAAUAUUGAGAUAAAAGCACCACCUAGAAAAAAAUUGAAAGUUGUAAUACCACCAAGAACCAAAACAAAACCAGUUACCGUCAAAAAGGAUCCAAGAAAAGAAGCAUUGGAAAAACAGAAAGAAGAAGAAAGAAAAUUAAUGGCUGAAUAUGAUUCAGAUUGGGGGAUUGAUGAUUUUAAUAAAUAUGAUAAAUCUGAAGGGAAUUAUAUAUAUGAAACAAAAGAGAAACAACAAGAAUUAUUUUCAACAAUACCUGAUUCUUCAGAAAUAUUGGAAAUUUAUAAUGAUGCAUUGGAUAGAUAUAAAACUUUAGAAUAUGAAUUUUUAAAUAAUUAUUUGAUAAAUGAAGAUGAACAAUUAAAUUACAAAUUAUUACAAAAGAAUUUAAAGGAAUUUGAAAAAAUGGUUGAUGAAAUUCCAAAAUCAAUAACAAAUAAAAGUAAGAUUUUAAGACUAUUGAUAUUAAGUCAAAGAAAACAACCAUCAGAGGACAAAAAUGUACAACAAUUUCAUAAUAACAUAGAAAAAAUUUUAAAAAAAUUAGGUAUUGAAGUUAGGGAAAAUACUGAAGAAGAUUUUGAAAUAAAAAGUGUUGAUAGUACUAAAUUAACAACCCCUGAAAUCACUUCAAAUCCUGAAUCUACUACUUCAUCCACAACUGGUUCAGUUGAGCCUAUAACUGAUGUUAAAGAAGAAAGAGUAGAAUAG